CUAUCAUUUUGCGCCAAACUGUCCAUAAAGUCACAAGUCUCCUGAUGCGGCGACGGUAGCUUCUUGUCGAUAAUGCCACAUAACCCCGAUCACCCGAUCCCACAUGGCUCCGUUCCGGACCGAACGGAGGGAUCGUGUGCUCCGCUGGACGUGCUCCGCAACGCCGCGCCCUCCCGGAGAUAACCAAGAGUACCCGGGCUCGCCGGGGUGUGAUCCUUGCGGAUCCUCGCGGUUAUCGGGGAGGCUGCCUAUUAUCUAUAUUAAUAAACGACUCCAUCGUCCACCUCUUUCUCCUUUCACCAUCUGGCACCAUUCUUUAACCCCUCACCCACACUCCCAGAUCCGGCCGUUACAAACAAGAACAGUCUCUACAACAUCACUAUGAGCUCCGCUCCUACCCAAACCCACAAGGGUCUCAGCAACGAUGUGUUGCUAGUCGCCAUCCCAACACCGCCAAACGAACCAUUGAUAGCCAAGCUCGAGGCACGGCACCCUGGGCUCAAAGUGCGCUGGUUCAACCAACCCAACAUAUUCCCUCCAGUUCCCCUGCCCGCCGAGACCUACGAGGAUGUGACUCUACUCUUCACCCUCUGGCCCCACCCAGCCGAGCUGUUGCCAAAGGCCCGCUACAUCCAGCUACUCUCUGCGGGUGCCGACAGAUGGAUCACACACGAUCUGUACAAGAAUCCAGACAUUACCUUUUGUACUGCAAAUGGAGCGCAUUCCCCCCAGAUCGCAGAGUGGGUGAUGGGCACCUGGUUGAUGGCGAACCACCAUUUCCUGAAGUACGCAGAGCAGCAGAAACAACAGAAGUGGUCCCGCCUAGCCGAGUUGGCCGUUGACUCGCCCGGUCUCCGUAUGGGCAUCCUCGGCUAUGGGGCGAUUGGACGGCAAUGCGCGAGGAUUGGCCAAGCCCUCGGCAUGGAAGUGUAUGCUUACACUCGGAGCGAGCGAUCAACCCCUGAAUCCCGCAAGGAUGACAGCUACUGCGUUGCCGGGACCGGGGACCCAGAUGGCCUUGUGCCGACAAAGUGGUUCCACGGUUCGGCAAAGGAGGCCGUCAAUGAGUUCCUGGCUCAGGACCUCGACCUCCUCGUGCUGGGUUUACCCCUGACUGAAGCCACCACCCACAUCCUCGGACGUGAACAGUUCGAGGUCUUGUCCAAGAAGAAGACCUUCGUCUGCAACAUCGCCCGCGGGAAGCACAUCGACACCGACGCCCUACUGGACGCACUGCGGGAAGGCAAGAUCAGGGGCGCUGCCCUGGACGUUGCCGAUCCCGAGCCACUGCCGGACGGACAUCCACUCUUCACCGCGCCAAACGUCUUUGUCACCCCACAUGUCAGCUGGCAGACACCGCAUCUCCUCACUCGUACCCAAGGCAUCCUCGAGAAGAACCUCGAGAGCCUUAGCGAGGGAAAGCCGCUCAUCAACGUGAUGAACCGCGAACACCAUUACUAAGGUAUUACAUUACAGCCUUGUUAUUCUCGACUGCCACGCCAGAUCUUAGCUU